AUGGCCUCUGCCGCCAGCAUCACUGCUAACUCUGCAAAUUCCUCCGGUACCCUGCUCAACAAUCAUCCCCAGCAGAACAGUAAUGGUUCAGCAAGGACGGCUAUGAGAACAACCAGCAACACAAAGGCUGUCGAUGCUGGGCGCAAGCAAAGCCCUGUUGACGGCGUUUCACGGCGCCCAAGUGCUCAGAAAGCCUGGGGUUCGUCUUCGAAUCCCAUCUCGCAGCGGGGAUCAGUGGCUGUCCAGCAAAAUGGAAGCUCAUUUCAAACCAGGAGUUCGAACACAUUGAGGUCGGCCAUGCAAAAAGAGGCGGGUGUUUCUGACAAGCAAGCACAUGACAGAUUGGUGUAUUUGUUCGGGGCCACCAUCGGCUUGAGUAUCGCCAUCACCGUCAAAUCCGGGGACCGGUUUGAGGGGCUAUUAACUGGUUCGACUUUGAAUCCCACCAAUUCCAAAAUUACCAUGAAGAUGGUCAGGAAGUCACACCCUGCGGCCUCGGGACAGACGAACGGAACUGGAUAUCGGGAAGCGGCCUUGGUUGGCUCGAGUCCUGAGCAUGCCAUGAACUUCGACGUGAAAGAUAUCGCCGACCUUGUCAUUCCAGAAUUUUCUCCCCCCGAGAACUUCAAGCUGGCUAAUGGUACCCCUUCAGGAUUCCAGACCGACGCCGAUAUUUCAGGGAACCAGACUCGCGGAGAGCGGUUGCUACAAAAAUGGGUCCCAGAAGGGCCGGACGCCGCCAACCUUUCUCUCGAGUCUGGUACUCCCGGCAGUUGGGACCAGUUUAGCGUGAAUUCACAACUCUUUGGAGCCAAGAGCACCUACGACGAAACUCUGUAUACCACCGUCAUCGAUCGGAACUCGCCGUCAUACAAACGCAGAGAAGCCGAAGCAGAGAGGAUCGCAAGGGAGAUUGAAGGCGCGGCCUCCACAAAUCCCCAUAUCCGUGAAGAACGUGGUCAGGCACUGGAAAAUGACGGCGAGGACGAGGAAGAAAAAUACAGUGGGGUCAGGAGAGCUGAAAAUGCAAAGGCUUUCCCUUCUCUACCGGUCGGGGGCCCGAACAAAUACACGCCUCCAGCGAGACGAGCACCGACAGGGCAGGCAACCGUCGCCGGCGUCCCCGUUGACCCUGCAAUCAUCUCGGCGAGUCUGUCCGGACCCGAGAUUUCUAAGCCUAACGGCCAGAAGGCGAAAACCACGAAAGAAGAGACACCUGCGGCAGAAAACCCAGCAGUUCUUCCCGUUGACAACACUACCACAGACGGGGAUGGUGCAACUUCCGUACUGCCCACCGCAACCCACAGCAGCGAUGGUCCCGCAGCGACAGUGACAACCCCCGACGCAGCGGAUGGUUCAGAAGCAGAUUCGAAAACUGUCAACAAAGUAGCAUCUCCGGGGCCGACCGAGAACGUGGAAGUCAAGGUGCUCAAUCAGUUCCGGCAGUUUGCUGACCUUGAGAAGCAGCGGGUCCAAGAAAGAAGAAAGGCUCAGCAAAAUCAAGACCGGACAACCAAGUUGAACGAACUGCUUCGCUUUUCGAAGACCUUCAAGUUGAAGACACCGAUACCAAAUGAUCUGAUUGGCAUACUGGCCAAAGACCCAGCAAAGCAAGAAGCCAUUGUCGAAAAGGCCCAGAAGGAGCACGCCGAGUCGGCUUCAGUAGCUGGCAGUGCUUCACCAGUCCCGGUGACGAACACUGCUGCUCGUAAAGCCGAUGCUCCACAGGCGUCACCCGCUGUGCCCGACAGGCAGGUCUUCAAUCGUGGCCGGGGAGGCAUCACGCAACCCGCGCGGACAGAUCGCCCUGGAAACCAGCAGCAGCCCCAAGUGUACCCAGCUCGGAACAACAAUGCUGGAUAUCAGCCUAGGUUUCCCGCGCACCAGCAAGACCGCAAGGGCACACAGCCCCAUGCUCUACCUGCUCCAAUACCCAUCAUUGAUGGUCGAGUGCCUCCCACUGGCCCAAUGGCCGACCAGAGUGGGUUGACAAGCCCUCAACGAUCAAACAUGCACACUCCGACCUCGGCCAUAUCGGGCAAGUUUAACCUGAACGUCAAGGCUUCAGAAUUUCGACCUACAGCCGCUACUUUCAAUCCCAGCGUCCCUUUGCAGACUCCUUCCAGCCCUGCUUCGACUCAUCGGGGAGGGUCCAUCUCGAGGACGGCAAGCCCUUCUUUGGUGUUUGGCCAUCGUAAGCCGAAGCCUUCCUCCGAACGGCCAUCUAUCGCCGAUUACUUCAACCCUAUCAAGCGUAUGAAAGAAGAAUUUGCGCAGAAAUCCACCCCUGGAGCCACAAAGCCGGAUGAGACGCAUAAAGACUACAGUGCCAACGGUGGGAUGCCAUGGGCUUUCCAAACGGGACCCAGAUGGACAGUCAAGACAGAAAAUGACCAAAAGACUUACGAAGAAGCAUUCGAGCAGCAUACUAUGCCUGCCGUCUCGCCCUCACAGAGUCGUUCUGGUUCAGCUCAUCACCUUCCAUUUGCUGGACAGGGAGUGGUGGUACCCAAUGCUCCUUCGAACCUUCCACACAUCGCAGCACCACAGCACGCCAUCCAUGGUGGACCGCACCAAUACCCUCAUCAGUACGACGACGGCAGUCAUCGGAUGCAGUUCGGUGCUGCGAACCCCGGCGUUUAUCCUUCGCCCAACAUCCCGUCUCGACAGGCUUCUGCUUAUGCUUCCCCCAUGACCCAUCCUGCACAGUUGGCAUAUCAGCAACAACCAUAUUUUGGCACAGUAGCGGGACAGAUGCCGAUGCCGGUUCGACCGUUUGCAGGCACGCCAGGAAUGAUGCAUGCACAGGUGGGCCAGACGGGCGCGCCGAUGAUGGUCCAACAGCCUUCAAAUGGGCCAUAUAUGGCUGUCCCACAACAGUUCAACCAUCAAAUGCCCAUGUACUCGCCCAACCCUGGUCACGUUUAUCCUCAACAAAACGGAGGCUACUCCAGCCCAGGCCGCGUCGCUCCCAUGAUGAUGCAGCAAGGGUCGCAACAAGGGCACCCAUCAGCUCCUAACAUGAUGUUCAGCAUGUCGAAUCAAGGAGGCCCGAUAGUGUAUCCUCAGCAGCAGAUGGCCAUGCCGCGGGGAGGCUAUGGCGGCGGCCAUCAAUAUGGAUCGACGCCACAUCAAGGCUACGCCAUGCAACACAGGGCCAUUAGCGGUGGUUAUGGACAGAUGCCGCAGAAGAUGCACCCUGCGAUGCAACAAAAUCAUGGCUCUGUCGUGAAUGGACCAGCACAAGGCCCUGCAUUUGGGCAGAUGGAAGGGGCUCCUGAAGAUGCCAAAUGA